CAUUACGCUGAGAAUGCCAUGUUCACAUCCUGUUGCUGUGGAAAAGAUCAGCGUAAUAAAUAAAACCAUUUAAUGUUCUGUUCUUCAUUGUAGCAGAAAAAAUGCCUUCGGUUUGUUGACGUGAUCGCCUGAAGACUGUCAACAUAUCCCAACAAGAGUUUUUAAUGGCAAGUUAGGAACUGGGAAACUGUCGCUUGCAGUUCUCAGGAUGUUGUCCCUUCCGUCUCUUUGUGCUGGGCAACAGAAAUUGUGAAAUCCUACUUUUGGAAAGGAGAAUGAGAGCGCAGUGUUUUCUGCUGGUCGCACACCCGGAGGAGAGCAGCGUUGGUGUUCCGGCAGGCUAAGAGCGUCCGUGGAAAAUCCCUUGUAGGGAGCCCGGAAUUACCUUCAGUAGGGCUGCUGACACUGAUGAGAGGACUUUUAUGCCAAGAUUGUCUCUAUUUGAACAGACCACACCAUGCGUGAGUACAAGCUAGUGGUCCUUGGCUCAGGAGGUGUGGGCAAGUCCGCGUUGACUGUACAGUUUGUUCAGGGAAUUUUUGUUGAAAAAUAUGACCCAACAAUAGAAGAUUCAUACAGAAAGCAAGUGGAAGUAGACUGUCAACAGUGUAUGCUUGAAAUCCUCGAUACAGCAGGGACGGAGCAAUUUACAGCAAUGAGGGAUCUCUAUAUGAAGAACGGUCAAGGGUUUGCACUAGUAUAUUCUAUAACAGCACAGUCCACGUUUAACGACUUACAGGACCUGCGGGAACAGAUUUUACGGGUUAAGGACACUGAAGAUGUUCCAAUGAUUCUGGUUGGCAAUAAAUGUGACCUGGAGGAAGAGCGUGUGGUCGGCAAAGAACAGGGACAAAACUUAGCAAGACAGUGGUGUAACUGUGCCUUUCUAGAAUCGUCUGCAAAGUCGAAAAUCAACGUUAAUGAGAUCUUUUAUGACCUGGUCAGACAGAUAAAUAGAAAAACACCAGUGGAAAAGAAGAAGCCUAAAAAGAAAUCCUGUCUGCUGCUCUAGGCUCCCAUCGCGCAGCAGCUCUGAGCCAGAUUGCAGGAAUGAAGAACUGUUGCCUACAUGGAAAGUGCCAGCAUUCCCGACUUCAAAACCUUAUGGAAAUUGAACACAUAUCUGAAGAAGCUUCUCUUGUUUUUCUAUACUACGAGAAGAAUUUAGAUCCUAAAAUGGUUUGCACACGGUCCCUGGAAAAAGAAAUCGCUCUGUGUAUAUCUCUUGGAAAUUUAAGACAAUAAUACUCCUCCUUUGCAAUAGCAGUUAACGGAUGUGGAAAUAAAGAUAAUUGACUCUAGUGUAUGAUUAUACAAAGGAGCAUGGAUGCAUUUCAAAUGUUAGAUAUUGCUAUUAUAAUUAAAAAUUCAUAUUGACCCUUUUAUCAUCAUUUCUCCCCAUCAAGCACUAAAAAUGUUCCGCCAUUAUAUUUUAUAUCUAUAACUAUAGGUAUAUAUUAUCUGAAAUUUCCCUUCGAACUCACUGCGACAAAUAACUUUUUGAGUCAUUGACUUCAUUUUAUAUUUAAAAGUUACAGAAUAUCAUUAUUUUCAUUCUACCAUUAUAUUCUAAUUAAAGAUGUUUGUGCAUAAUGCUUUGGAAAAAUGGGUCUUUUAUAGGAAAAAAACUGGGAUAACUGAUUUCUAUGGCUUUAAAAGCAAAAAUAUAUAAUAUACUAAACCAACUCUAAUAUUGCUUCUUGUGUUUUACUGUCACAGAUUAAAUUACAGCUUUUAUGAAUGAUUAAAUUUUAGUACAUUUUCA